AUGAAAGACCUAUGCGAAUGGGUUGAAUUUUUUGAGGCUGCUGGUGUUCCAGCCAAACUAAGGGAAACAUAUGCUGGAAUUUUUGUUGAACAUCGAAUUAACAAUUCAGUCCUUGCUGAUUUAGAUAAGGACCACUUGAAAGAUAUGGGGAUCACAGUUAUUGGAGAUAUUAUUUCCAUACUGAAGCAAUGCAAAAAAAUAAGACACGAGUUAUCAGUUGCACCAACUCCUGUUGUCACUUCAACAACGUCGAAAGAUUGCUCAUCUGAAAAUAAAAAAGCUGCGUCCAAAAAUGUCGGCGUUUUAGUCCCAGUGCGUCGUCGAAUGAAUCCUGAGGUUGAAGGAAAAUAUAUUGUUAAAAUGCCCAAGGGGACGACUUUAAAGACCCAGAAAAUUCUUGCAUCCAUGAAGCAAAAGAACAGUGCAAAGUCUAGUCAAUCUGAAGUUGCCAAAGCCGCCAAAACUAAUGAACCUCCUGUAUCGUCUACCUUCGAAGACAGCGAUGUCGAUGAUUGUGAUAAUUAUCGUGUUAUCAUCUCUAAAUCAAAUACACAUGGUUCCACAUCUAGUGAUUCAGUAUUCAGUCGUUUAGGUAAUACUGUAAAUAGAGAGGAUUCACCUACAAGUGUACUUAUAAAAAAAACGACAGAUCCAUCUGCUGCAAUGCAACGCUUUAUUCGUUGGAAUUUAAAUGACAAUAGUCUUGGAUCACCUUUUCGUCCUUCACCAUCUGUUGCAGAAACUAUUAUGAACUCACCAGAGGAUUCUUUGAAUUUUAAAGUUGUUAAACAAGUUAGCGGUCUUACAAAAAGCCUUGAUCAGUCUGUUAAAUUAAGAACACCCCUUAAACGACAUGUAAGUAUUCAUUAUCUGUGUCUCACUAGUGUGCAAAAAUUCAUAUCUUUGUCUCAGUAACAGGAGACGGUAAUUUUUGAUUGUUGGUUCUCUCGCUGUAAUAAAUGAUUUUGUUUUAAUCAUCAAUUAACUACUGAUCUCAAGUCAGUACAUUUAAUCAAAAAAACCUUCAUUUUAACCUCUCGAGUUUUUGACAUGCUUUAAGUGAAGGGUAAUAAUAAUACACGUUUGUCAAACUGGAGUUAAUAAGGUGGAGUUUCAGUGUUCGGUUUUGUGUUUGAAUGACAUGUUUUUCAACUACUAAACCACUAUUUAUUUUUUUAGAAGCUGAUAUUCAUUACCAGUUUGCACCAGGCUUGUGUACGAUUAUGUCAGAAAACCAUUACAAAUUAUAUGAAGGUAUUAGGUAAUAUAUUUUUAGAUGCAGUUGUCAACUCACAGUCAUGAAAGCUUUCUGUUAGGAAUACUUCAGUCUCCUCAUCCGAGGCAAUAUUAGCUCAUUCGAAGGCAUAUAAAGACAGUUAGAAAUCAUACUCUAGUCAUUGUAUUUUAUUUUUUAACUUAAAUUCCUUUUUUUCAUAUCCCAUUUAUCUUUAUUGUUAUUAAUUUAAUUAUCAUUGUGUACACAGGCCUCUGAUACGGUAUUUAGUCGUUUAAGUGCUCCAUCAACUACUAUACAACCAAAUGAUCAACUCUCUUACCAAGGAAUUUUGAAGAAGUCACGAACUCAACCUCCUAAAUUUAACAAUGAAUCGAUGUCUUCAUGUUCUCUAAAUAGCCUUCUUUCUCCACACACCGAAGGUGUACUUAGUCAGAGUCGUAUGCAAAAAGUUUCGGUAAAAAACCGCUUAGGCAACAGACAAGGAAGGUCUAACGCUCCAGUUCAUUCUAGACUUGGUCGAGCAUCUAAUCCAGUAUGAAUAAUCUGAUUUUCAUGACUUUUACUGAACUUAGUGUAUAUAUACAUAAAUAUAUUUCGCAUACCAUAAAAUAUAAUUUUAGGUAUCCA